AUGAAACUCGCGAGAACAGGCGAUAUCUCCUCCUCUCCAGACACGGUUGGCGUGUGCGUGUACCAAUACCCGAUGCCACGUCUUCACAACUGCGAAGAAGUGAUGGAAAACGUUGGAAAAAUAUGCGAGCUCGUCAAAGGUAUGAAACAAGGUUUGCCGGGAAUGGAUAUGAUUGUCUUUCCGGAAUAUUCCACGCAAGGCAUCAUGUACGAUAAAGACGAGUGCUUCGCAACCGCGGUGUCAAUACCGGGGCCAGAAACGGACGCGUUUUCAAAAGUGUGUAAAGAAACGAAGGUCUGGGGGGUGUUUUCGCUCACCGGGGAACGACACGAAGAGCACCCGAAGAAGCAGCCGUACAACACGUUAGUUCUCAUCAACGAUGAAGGUGAGAUUGUCCAGAAAUACAGAAAAAUUUUACCGUGGUGCCCAAUCGAAGGGUGGUACCCAGGCGAUGAGGUCCACGUGUGCGAAGGCCCGAAGGGAAUGAAAGUAUCCCUGAUUAUUUGUGACGACGGCAACUAUCCAGAAAUCUGUGAGUUUUCUUCUUUGGUUUCCACAUUUUGGAUGACGACUAAUAUUUUUUUUUCUAUUAUAGGGAGAGAGUGCGCGAUGAAAGGCGCCGAGCUCGUCGUUCGUUGUCAAGGGUACAUGUAUCCGGCCAAGGAGCAACAAGUGAUGGUGGCGAAAACGAUGGCGUGGAUGAAUAACGUCUACGUCGCGGUCGCAAACGCGUCUGGAAGCGACGGCGUGUACACGUACUUCGGGCACUCCGCGAUUGUGGGCAACGACGGACGAACGUUAGGCGAAUGCGGCACUGAAACAAACGGCGUGAACUACGCGCAGCUCUCCAUCUCCGGCAUACGCGACGCCCGUAAAAACGAUCAAUCUCAAAAUCACUUAUUCAAACUUCUUCACCGAGGGUACACCGGCGUGUACAAUUCCGGCGACGGCGAUAAAGGCGUCGCCAAGUGCCCGUUUUCGUUUUACGAAACGUGGGUGAACAAUCCCGAACUCGCGCAAAAACAAGUCGAAGAUAUGACGAGAAGUACCAUCGGCGUGCACUGCUGCCCGGUGUAUAAUCUUCCCACGCAAGAUAGAGAGACGCACACGCACUCCAUGGAGGAAGAUCUGGCGUGA